AUGAAUCCCGUCAACACCAAACCAUACAACUUGCCCGCCGAUGCAACCUGGUUGAUCACCGGUUGCUCUUCUGGUAUCGGGAAAGCCUUGGCGACCUUAAUCGCCAGCAAACCUUCCCACCGGUUGAUCGCCACGGGCCGCAAGCCUGCAGAUCUGUCUUAUCUCUCCGACGACAACCCCAACAUCCUCAAGCUUGCGUUGGACGUCACAUCGCCAACAUCCGUCAAUGCUGCCUUUGAAUCGGCAGUCGAGCACUUUGGGAAAGACUUUCAUCUCGAUGCUGUCGUGAACAACGCCGGGUACUCGCUUUCCGGCGACACGGAGUCGGCAACCGAGGAGGAGACCCACUUGGAAAUGGAGACCCUGUUUUUCGGCACCGCACGGGUGUCGACCCGGGCUAUCGGAGUCAUGCGCCAGCAUCCGGAGCACCGAGGCGGUGUCAUUUUCAACAUUUCCUCUUUGGCGGGUCAGGUUGGACUUCCCGGUCACGCCUACUAUCAUGCGAGUAAAUGGGCUGUUGAGGGCUGGUCUGAGUCUGUGGCCAGGGAGAUGCAUCCGGAUUGGAACACCUACGCGGCCAGCGACAUGCCUGCCCGAGCCCUUGAACGAUACGUCAACGCAGGGCUCAAGAUGGGCAUGGGCGCUGAACCCUCUGCCAUUGCGGAUGCCAUUUAUGGUAUCGCAAGCCGCGGGGAGAAGAUUCCGUUGCGAGUGCCCUUAGUCGCGACGGCGUGGAAGAUGAUCAAGGGAAAGUUCGAUAGCUUUUUGCCUGAACUCGAGGCAGUCAAAGACAUUAGCGCUAUGGGUCAGCAGAUCUAA